CUGAGCGACACAGAUUCUGCCAAUUCUUAGCCUACACGCCCCCUUCCCAAGACUAACUUGCGCAAACUCAGAGCCGCAGAAGCUCAGACCCUGGGAAAGCAUGGCCCAAGGCCAAGGCGGACACGGGACUUGUAACUCCGGGCCCCGCCCCUUGCCAGGGCUGCUGGAAAGCUGACUGAAAGCAAAUUGCUGGUGGCAGAAAUGGCUGCCAGCGGCCGAGGUCUCAUCAGGGCCUUGCACUCCUCUCCCUGCCCUGCUUGGAAACGAGCUCAGUCGGGAGCCAACGGGCGCCUGAAGCCCGAGUAUGAUGCCGUGGUGAUAGGAGCAGGACACAAUGGGCUGGUGGCUGCAGCCUACCUCCAGAGACUGGGGGUGAACACUGCGGUCUUCGAGAGGCGCCAUGUGAUUGGGGGUGCAGCGGUCACUGAGGAGAUCAUUCCUGGAUUCAAGUUCUCCCGAGCAUCCUAUCUCCUGAGCCUACUGAGGCCACAGAUUUACACCGACCUGGAGUUGAAGAAACAUGGGCUGAAACUCCAUCUGAGAGAUCCCUACUCCUUCACCCCCAUGCUGGAAGCGGGUACACUGAACAAGCCACCCAGGUCCCUUCUGCUGGGCACAGACAUGGCUGAAAACCAGAAGCAAAUCUCUCAGUUCUCACGGAAGGAUGCUCAGGCUUUUCCCAGAUACGAGGAGUUCAUGAGACGUUUGGUGCUAGCCAUUGACCCGCUGCUGGAUGCAGCUCCAGUGGACAUAGCCGCCUUCCAGCAUGGCUCCCUGCUGCAGAGGCUCAGGGCACUGUCCACCCUGAGGCCCCUGCUGAAGGCAGGGCGCACCCUGGGAGCCCAGCUCCCCCAGUAUUACGAGGUCCUCACAGCCCCCAUUUCCAAGGUGCUGGACCAAUGGUUUGAGUCUGAGCCUCUGAAGGCAACGCUGGCAACAGACGCUGUGAUUGGAGCGAUGACAAGUCCCCACACUCCGGGGAGUGGGUAUGUGCUGCUACAUCACGUGAUGGGGGGCCUGGAGGGCAUGCAGGGCGCCUGGAGCUACGUCCAGGGUGGCAUGGGUGCCCUCUCGGAUGCCAUUGCAAGCUCAGCCGCUACACGUGGAGCAAGUAUCUUCACAGAAAAGACUGUGGCUAAGGUGCAGGUGAACAGUGAAGGCCGUGUUCAAGGGGUCACGCUGCAGGAUGGCGAGGAGGUCAGGAGCAGAGUCGUCUUGUCCUGUGCGUCGCCACAGGUCACCUUCUUAGAGCUGACACCACAGGAGUGGCUUCCCGGGGCCUUUGUGAAGAGAAUCUCCCAGCUGGACACCGAGUCUCCUGUCACCAAGAUCAAUGUGGCUGUGGACAGGCUGCCAAACUUCCUGGCGGCCCCCAGUGCUCCCGGGGACCAGCCUCGAGUUCACCAUCAGUGCUCCAUCCACCUGAACUGCGAAGACACCCUCCUCCUCCACCAGGCCUUUGAAGAUGCCAAGGGUGGCCUGCCUUCCCAAAGGCCUAUGAUUGAACUCUGCAUUCCUUCAUCGCUGGACCCCACCCUGGCCCCACCAGGCUGCCAUGUCGUCUCCCUCUUCACUCAGUAUACACCCUACACCCUGGCAGGAGGCAAGGUCUGGACCGAGCAGGAGAAAAACGCCUACGCAGACAAAGUGUUUGACUGUAUCGAGGCCUAUGCCCCCGGCUUCAAGAGGUCUGUGCUGGCCAGAGAUAUCCUCACCCCACGGGAUCUAGAGAGAAUCUUCGGGCUUCCUGGAGGGAACAUAUUCCAUGGCGCCAUGUCCCUGGACCAGCUCUACUUUGCCCGUCCAGUGCCCCAACAUUCUAACUACAGAUGCCCUGUGCAGGGACUGUACCUCUGUGGAAGUGGGGCCCAUCCUGGUGACUUCAUUGUGGUUGUCAUCUCCUGGCGACGCCCUCUCUGGGAUGUGGGCGAGGCUCCCAUAAAGAGCUGAGUCUCCUGCCCACUCCUGAUUCUUACACUUCAGCAUUACCUGCCAAACUGCCAAGUGGCUCCCCGUUGAGGCCAGGAAGCUGGCAGUGUGGGACAAGAGGCCAGUGUGGCCACAGCCUGCCUGCUCUCCCCCCGGCUGAGUGGGGAAGCUCCCGAGAGGCCAGGCAGGGUAGCAGCUGCUCCGGAUUGCGGCUGCUGUCUGCGAGUCCCGCCCUGUCCCUUUCUGGUGGGCC